AUGGCAGCUUUGGCUCUUUCAUGUCCCUCUAACUCCUUGUACAGAUCUUCCUUCUCCCCAAUCCCUGCCAAAUUAAAAAUAGCAGCUGCUCCUCGACUCAGGGUGUCUGCCUCCUCCGCCGCCGCCGCCGCCGCCGCCGUCUCCGCCUCUGCUCCAGCAUCGGAAUCCAUGUACGACCUUCUGUCAGUGUCCCACACUGCAGGGCCCAGCGAGAUCCGCGCCGCCUACCGCCGCCAGGCCCUGCGGUGGCACCCCGACGCCUGCCGGUCAGCCGGCGACGAGCGCCGCUACGCCGAGCGGUUCAUGCUGGCGCGCGAGGCCUACGAGGUGCUGUCCGACCCCGCCAGCCGCAGAGACUACGACCUCUCUCUCUCCGGCGACCUCUGGGCGGCCUCCGUCGGCGCCGCCCCGGCCUUCCGAGAUGGAUCCGCCCGACGCAGGAGGCGCGGGGACGGAGUGGUGGGGUUUGGGUUCGGGAACUGGGAGGCGCAGCUGGACGGGCUCCAGCGGCGGGCGGAGACCGCGGGGGAGGAGACGUGGGGCGGCCGCAUCCGGCGGGCCCGACCCUUUGGAUCGUAG